AAACCCUAACAUCCAAAACCCUACUUUUUCUCUGCUUCCUUUUAUUUUAUUUUUUAUAUUUUUUAAAAUUGUUAUUACUGUUUUUAUUGUUUUGUUGCUGAUCCCAUUGCUCCUUUGCUACUACUCUCUCUUCAAAACCAGACCUGUAUUUUCUUAGAAAUCAAACAACCCCGAAAGGAAAAAUCUGAGAAUCUGAAAGUCUUUCCUUUUUUUCUCGAUUCUGUGAAAUGGAUUCACAUGAACCGCAGCAACCGCAACAGCAGCAGCAUCCUCCACACGGGAUGAUGAUGGGCCCAAAUUCAUACCAUACGAACAUGGCGAACACAUCUCCGAUGAUGAACCCUAAUUCCGCGGCUAUCAUGCAGAAUAAUCGUUUCUCUUUCACUUCUAUGGUCGCCUCAAAGCCCGUAGAUUCUCCUUACGGCGAUGGAUCGUCAACUGGUUUGCGGCCUUGUGGGUUCAAUAUUGAGCCCGCUAAAAAGAAGAGAGGGCGGCCGAGGAAGUACGCCCCCGAUGGCAACAUUGCAUUGGGCUUGGCCCCAACCCCUAUUUCUUCCACUGCCGCGCAUGGGGACGCUACUGGCACCCCAUCUUCGGAGCCUCCGGCGAAGCGGAAUAGGGGACGACCCCCAGGGUCGGGCAAAAAACAGCUUGACGCUUUAGCGGCGGGAGUUGGCUUUACUCCACAUGUUAUUACUGUGAAUGUUGGUGAGGACAUAGCAUCAAAGAUCAUGGCCUUUUCACAGCAGGGGCCCCGAACAGUUUGCAUCCUCUCUGCAAAUGGUGCCAUCUGCAAUGUUACCCUUCGCCAGCCAGCUAUGUCUGGUGGUACUAUUUCAUAUGAGGGUCGAUUUGAUAUUAUCUCUCUGUCAGGUUCCUUCUUGCUUUCAGAAGAUAAUGGUAGCCGCCAUAGAACUGGUGGUUUGAGUGUGUCCUUAGCAGGUUCGGAUGGUAGAGUUCUGGGUGGUGGAGUUGCAGGAAUGCUAACGGCAGCAACACCUGUACAGGUUGUGGUAGGUAGCUUCAUUGCAGAUGGGAAGAAAACAAAUACAAAUCAGUCUGGGUCUUCAUCAGCACCUCCAGCCCAGAUGUUGAACUUUGGUGCACCUGUGGUACCGGCCAGUCCCUCUCAAGGGGGCUCAAGCGAAUCAUCCGAUGAAAAUGGUGGUAGCCCUCUUAACCGUGGUCCAUUACCCUACAAUAAUGUUAGCCAGCCCAUGCAUCAAAUGCCAAUGUACGCAGCCAUGGGCUGGCCAAACUCUACCAUGAAGAUGCUUCCGAAUUAAAAAGGACCCUGGUUCUGGGUAGUGGGUAAGUUAAUGUUCUUCAUGAUGGAUGAGAUGUUAAAUUUCAAAUGCUAACUGGCAGUGCUGAAGAAAUUAGAGGAAGUCUUGUUUUUCCCUUGUAGACCGAGUUUUUUGUUCUUUAUGAGUUAGUCAAAUGAGUUCUUGGAUCAGGUGGAAACAUGGCUAAUUGUUGAAAACCGAGAGCUUGAUUUCUUCACCACACCAAAUUCUUAGAAUCCCCGAAGUUUAAGUUGCUUUUUGAGUAUUUCUUUUUUUUUUUCCUCCGCUUUAUUGUUUCCUGAUCUUAGAUGGAAACUUACCUUGGAAUCCAUCAGCUGUACUGAAGUUUUCAAAAAGAGAGUGGAAUGGGUUUUCUUUAUUCCUUAUAACAAAAUAAUCUCUCUCUC